CGGGCGCGGCGGCGGCCGCGCGGAGGCCGCGCGGCGGCAGCCCCGGCCGGGACGGGGCUGAGAGCGGCGGCUGGCACCUCCCCGACGCGCCGACGGCGGGAGGCCCUCGGGAAGUGCGCAUCGAGUACGAGGGCGCCUUGGAGACGGACCUUCCGGAGGGCGACGUGGCCUCCAUGGAUGCCUUUAUGAAGGAUAACGCCGAGGCCGUUUGCAUACAGGGCGUGGAGAGGGUUGAGCCCAAGCCGGGGGAGGAUCCGUCCGUCAAGUACGUCUACCUGGAGCCGAAUCGACGUCGGACCCGUGCGGACACAGAUGCGGAUGGUCAUGCAAGUCGUGCCCGAGGCCCAGGAGGCGGACGUGAAGAUCCUCGAAAUGUGGGUCGGCAUCGUCGACAAGAGCACUGGGGCCGUUGCCUACAAGCCGGAGACCAAGCUGACGUUUGAGACCCGGAACGUCGUACUCUGGAAGGGGAGCGGCACUGGAGGGUUGAAGGUUGUGAACAAAAGCACUGCGACUGCUAGUUUUUGUUUGCCGUGGUGGUUUCCUAUGCCAGAUGUCUUCGUUAAGAGAGUGGCGGAGUUUUUCCUUGGCAGGGUUUCUAGCAAUGGUCAGAAGGCAGUGAACAAGCAGAUAGAGAACCAGUAUGCGGAGUGGAUGACCAAGUGAUCGGACUUGGUGUUGUUCAGCAAUAAUUUAGAAGUGGAGGACGAUUUGUCAUAGCUGUGCCGAGGAGGCGCUUGAUGCUUCCUGCUGUGGCAGUGGCUUGGCAGGGCUGUUGAAUUUGGUGGAGGCGUUGUGGCGUAUCCUCUUCUUCCUCCUCAUCUGCAUCCUGACCUGCUUCCUCACCUCCGGUCCCUCCCCUAAAUCUUCGGAGUCGGUCGGAAAGAGUAGGACGUUUAUGGGCAAAUAUGGAAGACUCGUACGUGUUCCGCACAAGACGACCAACAACGGCGCGACCACAGGGCACUGACUGGACCGUGCAGAGUAUCAUGUAAGACGCUCGAGUGAUGCC